AUGGGAAGAGAGAACAUUGUCCACUACCAGUUGGAAAGAGACAACGAAACCGACUUGACCACCAGUCCUCCAAACGAAAAAGCUCUGGCAGCGCCAAAGGCACCCUCAUAUGAUCGUCCCAAUCACCCCUUCACACUCCUGAAGGAGUCGACGUUAUCUGAAUUUCUCGAAAAUAACCGGUUUUUCGUCGAGUCCAUCAAACACAACCACCUGAACCAGGUGUUUGAGCUCAACGGCAAGGGCCAGAGCCCGCAUACACUUUGGAUCGGCUGUUCCGACUCCAGAGCUGGUGAAUCAUGUCUUGCCACGCUACCUGGCGAGAUCUUCACUCAUAGAAACAUUGCCAAUAUCGUUAAUGCCAACGACAUCUCUUCCCAAGGUGUGAUCCAGUUCGCCGUGGAUGUCCUCAAGGUCCGCAAAAUCAUUGUUUGUGGACACACUGACUGUGGUGGUGUGUGGGCAUCGCUUUCCAAGAAGAAGAUUGGCGGUGUGCUCGAUCUCUGGCUCAAUCCUGUCAGACACAUCCGUGCCCAAAACGUCAAAUUGCUAGAGCUGUUGAAAUCUGACCCAAGAGCUAGAGCUAAGAAGCUCGCCGAACUCAAUGUUGUUGCAUCCGUGAUGGCACUCAAAAGACAUCCACUGGCUCAGAAAGCAUUGAAGAAGGGAAAUAUCGAGGUCUGGGGUCUCAUGUACGAUGUGGGGCUGGGACUUCUUCUGGAGGUGGAGAUUCCUCUCGACGAGUUCGAGGACGCUUUCCACGUGGACGACGAGGAUGUCGAGGAAGAAGGCAACGGCCAUUAA